ACGUCGAGCCGAGCCGAACGCGUUGUGUCCGAUAAAACGAGCGAUAGUGCGCGCGCUUGCCUUUGACAGCUCGCGACUUGUUGAAAGAUACGCGGCGAUCUCGCCUGUGACGAAAAUACGAUGCCGAGAGCCUUAGCACGGAGAAUCGUUCGCUGAGAGAACAACAACGUUCGACGACGUGUGCGUGCGGGUGCUCGUUUUAGCGGAGUCGUAUUGUAUACACACAGACAGACACACACGAACGCGCGCGCACACGCACACGCACAUCGUACGCGCAAGGAAAGUGUCCUUUUUAUUCCUCGAAACCCCGCCUGUGUCCCGAACAAAAGCGGCGGCGGUGGCGGCGACAGAAAAAAACCUACUCGAGCGCACAACCGCAGCAAAGCAUUUCUUGGUUCCUUAGCGGCGUGUCUUUCGUUCGUCCGCUUUUUCUUUUCGCGCGCAUCUUUUUUUUUUUUUUUUUUUAACAAGAUAGUGCGCGUUGUGUCUCGCGCUCUUUACAAUCCGUACGUACGUACGCGCGUACGCGGUGUCUCGUUGCUGCUCUUCAUGCGCUUUGUGUGUGCACGGGUUUUUUUCGCGCUCUCUUUCUCUCCCAUGACGCAUUCGCUUCUCCACCCGAGGAACGUCAUACCGCCACUUGCUCCGACGAGUUUAUAGCUUCGUCUUGGUCGUACUAUUCAUAAGAUAAAUACACUUUGCGCGUUGCUCGGAUCAUCGUUUCUUUCCUUUUCUGUCUGUCUCCGUCUCCGUCUCUCUCUUUCUCUCUUUUCCUUCCUCGCCUCCUCCAGUGCACCUCUCCCCUCGCACCGUAGGGACGUAGCACACCGCUUCUGCGUCUGUCUCGUACACGGUCUCUCUACAACAAGCGCCCUCUCGCUUCCUCCAGUAGCAAGCAGCGCAGCAGCGGCUUGUCGUCCUCCUGUCGUCGACUCCAUCGUCUCGGGCGAAAGAAUGGAGGCGAUUGCGAAGCACGAUUUCACGGCGACCGCCGAGGACGAGCUCAGCUUUCGCAGGAGUCAGGUCCUCAAGAUUCUGAACAUGGAAGACGAUAUGAACUGGUAUAGAGCUGAACUGGAUUCCAGAGAGGGGCUCAUACCAAGUAAUUACAUUGAGAUGAAAAGCCAUGAUUGGUACUACGGAAGGAUAACGAGAGCAGACGCGGAAAGAUUAUUGCUGAACAAACAUGAAGGUGCCUUUCUGAUUAGAAUCAGUGAAAGCUCUCCUGGGGAUUUUUCCUUAUCUGUAAAAUGCUCUGACGGCGUACAACACUUCAAAGUUUUAAGAGACGCACAAGGCAAGUUCUUCUUAUGGGUUGUUAAAUUCAACAGCCUCAACGAAUUAGUCGAGUAUCAUCGCACAGCAUCUGUAUCCCGCUCGCAAGAUGUUAAACUACGCGACAUGGUCCCAGAGGAAUGUCUGGUGCAAGCCUUGUACGACUUUGCGCCGCAGGAGCCUGGUGAACUGGAAUUCCGACGAGGAGACGUCAUUACUGUCACAGACCGCACAGAUCAGCACUGGUGGCACGGAGAAAUCGGCAACAGACGAGGACUCUUUCCGUCUACUUACGUUACGCCAUACCACUCCUAGGUCUCAUCAGACCGAACGCACAGAGGUCGUUGUUGGGAACAGCGGCCAUUCUAUCCCACCACUAUCAUCUACACGAUCCGAGUUGCUGCGGAUUUGAUAAACAAUAUUUUACAAGCAUCACCGAUCGAAUUCGCCGCCAAAGUGUAUUGGUGGUCUCGCCGAAAAGUCUUCUGAGUAAAAAAACGCGCACGAUUAAAAAUCCAAUACCACAGAUUAUUCCGUAUAUGCAAUGUCAAAUUUCGAUUUAUCGAAAGAAGAGUUAUUAAAUGUCGCAUGUAUUUACACGAGAGAAGAGAAGGAAGAACAGACAAAACAUCAUCGACGCUACAUCGAAACAUUUGGGAAUACCGACAUUUUAGGAUUUAAGUACGAUCCGAACGUACGUCUUAUACCAGUUAUCCGAAAGAGAUCCGAGGACUUCGAUUAAAAAAGAUUAAUUACGAGAUCUGAUGAAAGUUGUUUCCGGAUGUCUAGGGAUCUGAGGAGGGGACGCCUAAAGAAUGCCUAAGCGGAUCUAAACGAUUCAAGCAUUUAUAGAAUUUUAACAAGUGUAACGAUCCUUUUUAUCUAAGAAUUAUCUAACUGUCUAUGGAUAUGUAAGGAUCUAAGGAUCUCUCUCGUGCGAUUUUCCCGGGAUUUAACCGAGAAAUCGCAUUUGAGAGUAAUUAAAUAUGUAUAUUUUUGUUUCUUUUUCUCUUUUUUUCUCUUUUUUUUUUUUUUCUACACACUUUCCUUUUAUCGACUCUACUCUUUCUUCAUUGCUGCGCCGAACACAAAAGAGAGAGAGAGAGA